UGGAAGUAAUCGAAAAUGACGCAGUGUUUUAAUUAUUUCUUCGUCGCUCUCUGUCUCAUUUAUACAGCUGUGUUUUCUUCCGCGAUUUAUAAUCCAAGAUUAACAACUACAAAACCGCCAGAGCGUCGUGAAUCCGUGCUUCCAUGGCAUUCAACUGAGCGAGAAUCGAAUAUUCAAACAACACUUUCUUCUCCAAAAUGGUAUCAAUCACGGGAUAACAAUACACCCAAGUCUGACACAAAGAACUGGAGUCCUUGGCGAAAGGCUCUGGGUAGCGAAAUUGAACAAAGAACGCAAAUUGACAUCCCUGAGCAAGAUUCUAAACAAAUUUCCGAAAAAGUUCCAGAACAACAGCGCAAUUUUGAUAAAUUGGAACAACAAGAUAGUCUACAAUUUCCGAUUGAAUAUGGAGAUUUCAUUGAUUCUGGUAAAAAUUACGGACAUUUUAAAGAUGAAUCAAAAUACGGAAAUCGACCGCGAAACGAGAUUGAUUUUGAGAAUAAACAUCCGACGAGAAAGGACGAGACCAAAAAAACGCACUUAGAGUUUGAGAAUGAGGAUUUGUAUGAAGGCAUAGCUACUGAUAGCACGAAACCACGAAAGGAAAAACUUGUUUCAAAGUCACAGCACAAAAUAGCUCGAUAUAAUCCUCGUUUGGGCGUUCAGUGUCCUGACGACAAUUCCACAGGGCAAUUUGUUUAUCCUCCAGAUUGCAAAUUUUUCGUCAAUUGUUGGAAGGGUCGUGCAUUCGUUCAACCAUGCGCCCCAGGCACUCACUUUAAUCCUGAUACUCUGGAAUGCGAUUUUCCGCACAAAGUGAAAUGCUAUGAGGAUGAAUCUGUGCAUUUCAGAGAGUCAGAUUUUGAAUCUUCAGUUAAUCGAAAAUCAGAGAAAUUGCAAGAACCAGAAUGUCCACCUUAUUUAAUCGGCUUAUUACCGCAUCCUGGAGAUUGCACGAAAUUUAUGCAAUGCGCGUACGGUGCAACUUAUAUUAUGAAUUGUGGUCCUGGAACGGUUUUUAAUCCCGCUAUUGGUGUGUGCGAUUGGCCGCGCAAUGUAAAGGGUUGCGAAGAUGUUUUUAAAACUGAUGAAGAGAUAUUACUUACACCUCCAAAUUUAAAUUUUGGACGUGAUAAGGCGAAAUAUACUGAAGUAAAGAAAAUUACGUGUCCCGCGGAUUUCACUGGAUUACUGCCGCAUCCGGAGACGUGCAAAAAGUUCCUUCAAUGUGCAAAUGGUGCUACUUAUGUGAUGGACUGUGGUCCUGGAACAGCUUUCAAUCCCAUUACGGCGGUUUGUGAUUGGCCACAUAAAGUACCCAGCUGUAAAGCAGAUAAAACUGAUGAUAAGGUACACGGGACAGGAGAUAGUAUUUGGAAUCCAUCUGGAGUUCAAGGUGCUACAUCGUGGUCAAAUCCAAGUCGCUAUAAUGACACAUCCAAGUUCCGUGGUCAGCUGUCUCGAUCCAAAUAUAAUGCAACAACAAGCUCGAUAUUUAGACCAACCUGGAGACCAAUUAUGACAUCUUCAAACUCACCUUGGAUACCAAUGCGAACAACUCCGAGGCCAUUUUAUGAUCAUUCCGGGCACACUGUUAAUUAUCAUGGUGGUCGUGGCUAUGCACAUGGAGAAAGCCAAUAUCAAAAUUAUGGGCCAUAUCGCCCAGAGUGGAAACCAAGCAAUGAAAAUUUGAGACCACCCUCUGAUAGUAACUCUCAAGAAGAAUUUCAUCCAGAUAGACAGUGGGUAGAAGACCAUAGAACUGAUUCACAAAAUCCACAACGAGUUCAUCAUUUUGACCGUCCAGAAGAAUCACAGUUAUACGAACAUAGAAAUCAUGAUCAUCAUUAUGAUCAUAAAUAUUAUCUUCCCGGUCAUCAUUAUCAUCAUCAUCACCAUCAUUAUCAUAAUUACGAACCUACGUCAAACCCACCAGUAUAUCCAAGUUGGAGCUCAGGUAGCCCUGCUGCUACCGGCGGUCGAAAGUACGAUCAAGGAUAUCCAAAUACCGGUGAUAGUCAUUGGCAUUCUGGUCACGAUCACCGUUAUGACGACUCCGGUCGUUACGAUCCACAUUAUUCCCAACAUGCUGCGUCAAGCGAAACAGAUCAAAGGCGAUUUCAACCACACUUUCCUCCUGGAGGAUACAAUGAAGACAAUAGUCAGAUUCGUCAUAAACACAACGAAACCAAAUUUUUUGGCGUUGAUGGUGAUUUGCCAAUUAGUCAAAGAACCGAUCAUGAUUUGCUCCCGAAUAGGCAAGACAGGAUGAAUCCAGGAUUUCAUCAUUCCGGUUUUAAUCAUACUUUUCCACCCACUAGAAAUGUUUCACAAAGUAGUGACAAUAAAUUUCCCAAAAAUUGGGGUCGGAAUGAAUCGCGACAAGAUAGACUACCUUCUCCUUGGGUAGGACGAGACAGUGUCGGUUGGAAUCAGCCAAAUGGAUCUUCUGGUUUCAAGCCGGGUACGUGGUAUGAUCAGCAAGGAGUACAGACGGAAAUUCCGGCACAUCCGUGGAAUCAAGGCACAGUCAAUCAAGACGAUAAAUUACGACGACAAUUUGGAAGUAAUGUAUAUCAGCAAAGUACAAUUGAUAAAGAGACAGAUGCAAAAAUGGCACAAUGGGCAACAAAAACAAAUGUUUUGUUAAAUUCAAAAAAUCAAGUAAACAUAGAUUCUAAGAAUACAACUCAAUAUCCAAAAACAAACUCUUAUCCAAAUGGAAUAUAUGUCAAUGCAAAUGGUAUAAAAGGUCAUUACAUCACGAAAGAAAUUGAAGAUAAUCAAAAUCGUUCAAAGAUACACCAAUCGCAUAGUACACAAAAACCCAUCAACUGGCAUAACACUUUUUAUACAGGUACUGAUAAUAGUUAUAUGCCAUUUACGACAACGCCGAUGACAACAACAGAGAAAAUUUUUAACAAACAAUUUGAGUUUUCAAGAAGAGGACGAGAGUUUGACGAUACUUCGAAAGAAAAAGAAUUGGACAGCUCUAUUAACACCAGCGAUUUCAAUUUACCUAGAGAAUCAAUUGAACGUGAAGAAGAUUGGAGCGGUAGUGAAACAAAAAUAAGUAAUGUAAAUUUAAAACCUCCAAAUAUUAUAGAACCCGAAAUAAAUGAUUACGACGUGGAUGUAUUGGACAAAAAUAUUUGGAAACCUAGAUUGGUUUUUGAAAAUAAGACUAAAACGACGACAGCUUCAUCAGUCAUUAUGAGAAUCGGCCCGAAGAAUACUGACCUCGAACUUUUUAAUAUCGAAACAGCACCGUUUCAAGAAAAAGAACCUCCAUUUCCAAAGUAUUACGUGCACCCAGUGCUUCCAUUAACUCAUUCGAAGGAAUCCGUUCGACCAACGCCCAUAUCUGGUCAGUCUAUACGCUUAAGAGGCGGUUCUGGACCUAAUAAUGGCUAUGUUGAGGUGCAAGGUAUGUUGCCUGGUUGGGGCAUUGUAUGUGAUUCUAGAAAUAGUUGGACUUUAAAGGAAGCUCAUAUUUUAUGUAAACAACUUGGAUAUAUCAGAGGCGCAGAAAUGGCUUGGCAAGGUAGAAAUAAUCGCAAUGGUGUACCAACUUGGAUUGCUGCAAAUACUGUAACAUGUCUCGGCAAUGAAACCAGAUUUCAAUCGUGCAAAUUCACACACAGUCAAGAGUGCCGCGUCGAUAGAGAUGCGAUUGGUGUACGAUGUGUUGCCAAUCGUAUUGCGCAUUGUCACAAGGACGAAACACCUCAUAAUGGACAGUGCUAUCACUUAGCUGAUCCUGAUAGCGGACUUAAUCACGCUGAAGCAUUGGAACACUGCAAACGAAGAAAUGCACGACUCAUCGACAUCACUAAUCAAGAGGAAAAUAAUUUUCUUUCGGAGUGGCUGUUGCAAUCGUAUCCGGAAGUUAGCUCAAUUAUGACUUCCGGCUUUGGUUUUACCAGCAUGAGUCGUACCUUGUGGCUCUGGGCGGAUUCUGCUCAUGCCAAAUUCAAAUUUACAAAGUGGUGGCCUGGAUGGAUGAACGAUACGGAACAACCACCGCGAGUAGGUUCUCGUCCUCUUUGUAUCGUAAUGAAACGGAAAUUUUCAUGUCACGAACGACCCGAAACGACUUGUGACACAGAUUAUUUCUUCUGGGAUAUUGAAGACUGCGCAACCUCUUCAAAAGGGCAUUCUUUUAUUUGCAAGAGGCCUUAUGACGAUAUUGGUUGUGUUUACGGGAAAGGAAAUCAAUACACUGGCAAAGCCAAUGUAACUAUAUCAGGAAAUAAAUGUCUUCCGUGGGCCGAUGAGAGAAUCGCCCAUCAGUUACGUGUAAAUGUUGUUAAUAAAGAAAUUCGUGACAAACUGGAAAUGCAUAACUAUUGUAGAAAUCCUAAUCCAAUAAAGGAAUCGAGACCUUGGUGCUUUACAGAAACUGGACAACGUGAAUAUUGCGAUAUUCCUGCCUGUGGAAAUAUUGAGUCAAAACGGUCUAUGUUGACUGGCCAGUGCAAGCCUAAACAUUUUGAAUGUACGCCAGGAGAGUGCAUCCCAUCUCCAUGGGUUUGCGAUGGAGAGGAGGAUUGUACAAACGGGGCUGACGAGAGAAAAUGUAUAUUGGAUUUGAAUCUUUUUGAAAAAUCUGCAAAACAUAAACUUGAGGGCUACGAUGUGGAGAAAUGGUUGAACACACCUUUAAAAACCUGCGCUUUGAGAUGCAAAGAAGCUGACUUUACCUGUCGCUCAUUUAAUCACAAGUUGGAUGGCAACGUGUGUUUAUUGAGUAACAGUAAUAUCGGCUUGACUGGUGCACUCAAACCUGACAAAGAAUUCGAUUAUUAUGAAAUGAGGGAGAGAAGCGUGAACUGCAACGGCAUGUACAUUUGCAAUAAUCGCAAGUGUAUAAAUCAAACGAAAGUCUGCGAUGGCAAAAACGAUUGUAAUGAUCGCAGCGAUGAGAAUAUCUGCACAGCAGAAAAUUUUGAUUAUGGUAUUCGUUUAGCUGGCGCAAAUAAUAGUUUCGAGGGUCGAAUAGAGGUAAAAAUUCUAGGACAUUGGGGACAGGUAUGUGACGACGGCUUUGGUAUGAUCAAUGCUGAUGUUAUUUGCAAAGAGCUUGGUUUCGAUUUGGGAGCUUUGGAAGUUAGACCGGGUGGAUUUUACGGUAAUCUCGAUCCACCCACGAGAUUUAUGGUAGAUCAAUUAAAGUGUCGCGGAGACGAGACCACACUACGGGAAUGCGAUUUUAAUGGAUGGGGAGUUCAUAAUUGUCAACCGGAAGAGGCUGUUGGAAUCGUAUGCAAGACUGCGGUCAACACUUGUCAGGACGGUUACUGGAAAUGCGACAAUAGUCCAUCGUGUAUACCAACUCCUUUCAUUUGCGAUGAAGUGGUCGAUUGUCCAGAUCAUUCCGAUGAGAGCCCAGAACAUUGCGAUGCACCGUUCGAGUUGCGCUUGGCAAACGGCAGUAAUCCUAUGCAAGGAAGGGUGGAAGUGCGUCAUCACGGAGUAUGGGGUACCAUGUGCGAUGAUGAUUUCACAAAUGCUACGGCAAUGGUCAUUUGUCGAUCUUUGGGAUAUGGCGGUAUCGCAAUAGCUAAGAAAAACGGUUUCUUCGGACCUGGUCAAGGACCAAUAUGGCUCGAUGAGGUUUUCUGUCAUGGAAAUGAAUCGCAAUUAUAUCGAUGCGAGCAUAAUCAUUGGGGUCAACAUAACUGCGAUCAUAACGAAGAUGCAGGUGUAAUUUGUUCACCUGGAAAUAUUAACAACACCGAGCAGCCAUAUUGGAUAAAUGAUCAGGAAAAUCCAGAACGAAACAUUAAUGAGAUACUUCCGGCAAAUUGUGGUCAGCGCGCCAAAGAUUUUGAUGACGAUAAGGACUUAAUAUUUCAAAAAGUAAUACAUGGCUCUAUUGCACCAAAAGGCACCUAUCCCUGGCAGGCUAGUAUUCGAGUUCGUGGACACAGUCGAUCAAAUCACUGGUGCGGUGCUGUUAUCAUAUCGCCCAUACACGUGCUAACAGCAGCACAUUGUCUAGAAGGUUACAACAAAGGUACUUAUUUUGUCCGUGCUGGAGAUUAUAAUACGGAUAUAAACGAGGGCACGGAAGUGGAGGCCAACAUCGAGGAUUAUUACGUGCACGAGGAAUUUCGUAAAGGUCAUAGAAUGAAUAAUGACAUCGCUUUGGUUCUACUUAAAGGCCUCGGUAUUCCGCUCGACAAAGACACCAUGCCAAUUUGCUUACCACCUGAGAAUGCCGAAUAUCCGCCUGGACUGAAUUGCACGAUCAGCGGAUUUGGCAGUAUUGAAACGGGGAAGACGACGCAAUCGAAAGAUUUACGAUAUGGCUGGGUGCCCUUAUUGGACCAAUCAAUUUGUCGAGCUAGUUAUGUUUAUGGUGAAGGUGCCAUAAGUGAUGGAAUGAUGUGCGCCGGAUAUCUUGAUGAGGGUAUCGACACAUGCGACGGUGAUUCUGGGGGUCCUUUGGCAUGUUAUCACAAUGGAGCUUUCAGUUUAUAUGGAAUAACUAGUUGGGGUCAGCAUUGCGGCAACGCAAACAGACCUGGAGUUUACGUUCGUGUAGCGUAUUACCGUCGUUGGAUCGAUCAAAAAAUUAGAGAAUCAUUAGCAGGUAGAUAAAAUGUUGAAAUUAUAGUUUUUAAUCAUACACAAAUUAUGCUUCUUAUUAGUUUCCUUACGAAAAGCAAAACAACAUUAAUCGUACGAUAAUAUUCUAGAGUCACCUGUAAAUAAGAUACUUAUUUUUCCAUCACAUCCAUUUUUCUAUCCUUUUGUUAAUUUAUCCUGGCAUCCGCACGCAUGUAAAUAUUUGCAAAAUAAAACGUAAAUACUUUGGUCACAAAAUAUAGAAAUAACAAUAAAAUAGUCGAAGUAA